GCGAAACAGCGACAGGAAUAGGAGGGGGAGGACGAGGAAGAAGCAGGUGACGAGCAGGAGCAGAAGAAUAGCAGCAGCAGCAGCAGCAGCAGAAGAAGAAGAAGAAGAAGAAGAAGAAGAAGAAGAAGUGGAGGGGGAGAUCAACCAUGGCAGGGAUGGUUGGUGAAGAGGAUGGGGUAUGUGGCAAGAGCCAUGAGGUGGGAAAUGGUAGUGGAACAAAGAUGGGUCUUCCGGGGUUGAGUGUGGAUAAGCUAGGAGGAAAUGGUUCUAUACUCAGCGUCAAUUUUUCUGUAGAAACCCAAGCCGUCCACUCACUCCCGUGUUCUAUACAGUUCAAUGGUCCAGCAUCAGUUUCCAAGUACCUCGUCCCCAAGGAGACCGACAUGAUCAUAGAUGGGCUUCAGGUUAAAGAAGCUGCUUUUCGUGGACGCAAGCUGCUCGGUACAACCAUUCCUUUGCCCAACGGCUAUGGCGGGAUCGUGCUCAGCAAUGUUUCUGCUGCUGGUUCUUCUUCUGUUUCAUCAUCUUCUUCCGCUGCUGCUUCUUAUACAUCUGCCACGUGUUCGAAUCGGCUCCCUUCUUCUGCAAGCUCUGUGGCUCGCAGGAAGAAGGGAGUCGAUUCGAACGCUUGGCAGACGGAUUGUGCCUUCGAUCGGCUGACGUAUUGGAAUCAUGAUGUCCCUCCCACAAGCGGCGAUGCCAUUAAGCGAGCCCUAGACUGGUUGGUCUUGGCAGAUGCAAUUCAUUCUCCUGUCCAACCUGAGGAAGUGGAAGCUGCCAUCAAAUUGGCGGCAGCAGAUUGCAUUGCUGUAGGUACCAAGCGCAAAGCAGCCAACCUGUAGUCUUCUAGAGUGGUGGAAUCCCCCCCAUCCUCCAUUCAUGGUGGCGAUUUGAUGUUGAAGUUAGUCCGAAACGGAAUGAGACCCUAAAGUGCGAUUGAACUGCAAUCCGUAGGAAAUGCUGUGGAUUUGGAAGAGCGGCAUGGGCACAAAAAAAGGGAGAACGACAAAACACAGUCAUGAAAGAAGACCUAGCCAUCACCGCACUUGGCUGGCGGAACAUGAGGAGUUUCAGCAGCUAUGGCGCCAGACCAGACCCGACCUUGUCAGGGACAGGGACUUACUGCUUGGAAUGGUGGUGAUUGGUGGCAAAUUGUUUGUGUGAAAAGACGUCAGCUUUACGUUGUGUCUUUCCCAUGGUCCAGUCAGACAGACGGGAUAACAGUAUAGGUUGCUGGAGGGUGGGUAGGUGAGGAAGAAGAGGAUAACACUCUGUUCCUCUGUUGCCAAAGAGAACGUUGAUGGACACACAAUGGGCCUAGCUCAGUUGGUACACCCAUGAACUGCUGAAAUACAGGCCCAGGCUCAAAUCCAGAUGCAAUCAGAUGAACCGAACAAAUAAGUAAUUCUGAA